ACUACAUCCCCUGAUGAAGACGGCUUGUCUUCUCAGCACUUAUUUGACAGUGGAGACGCUGUCAUUCUAGAUCCAGCUCCAGAGACAAGAACCUCCUCCUGGCCACCAAUCUUCUUUGUUCCCCGCUUUUCUUAUUUUGCUGAAUUUCAGCUCCAAAGAGCAACUGCUGAUUUCAGAGCAAAUGGCACUCUUCUUACCCCUUCACCUAAACUGCGAAUGGAUAUCCUUGAAGGCAUGGCUGAAGAAAUAUUCAAAUACACAGCAUAUCCCAGUGAUUCCCAAAUCGAAGAGGCUGCUACAGUCCUGGUGCAUACCCAUCCAUGCUUGAAGGAGAGAGGAACUCGUGCUGGCCAUGAGGGAUGGAAGCAGUAUCUAAAAACAAAGGUUGCCAAUUUCCGCACAAAACUAAACAAGAUUGGACACCCUGAGGUCAGUGUAAACUCUCUCAAGAACAAGCGCAAAGGACAAGAACAAGCAGCUGCAAAUAUCAAAAAGCCAAGAAAGGCAGAAGUUAACUUCCUCCCACCGCUCCCUAGAGGUGAAACAAGAGACAGUCUUGAGAAAGAAAGGGUAGUGCUCCUGACCGAGGUGAAAAAGAGAAACAACGACGCUGUAGUCAAAAAGAAGAUGCAGAAGACCUUCGCCUACAGACGCCAAGAGGUUGUCCAGGAUGCUCCUGUGGUGGCUGAACUUGUAAACAAGUGGCCUGCCUUGUUUACAGUGAGUGAAAUAAAUGCAGAAUUCAUGCGAAUCACAACUUUGCCACUCCAAGCCAAGUUCCUGGCAGAGCUUGACAGAUACUCGCCUAACCUACUGAAGGUCUUCCACAAUAGAGGAGGAGAUGCUGGAAGGAAGAUCCGGCUUCUCAUGGCGCCGACAGCUAGGGUAAGUAGUGAGGACAUUGAGCUCAAAAGAGACUCUGUCCUGAAAAGUCUGUGUGCCUAUCUGAAGGAGGACAGCAACAGUCUCGUCAAGGAAUACCUGAAUGUCAGGAGUGAGGAAGCCGAGAGUGCAAUCCCACAGACUACCAUGGGACUUUAUGUGAUCCGCAAUGAGGGCGCUCAGGAAGAGGACGGGCCAGAGGAUGUCGGAGUGAUCAUCGAAGGUGUGGAACUGCUAUCCAAUCUGCGAAGUAUUUCGCUAGGAUGGGCCAUGCUUUUUGGGUUGAUUUACACUCUCAACUUGAGCUAUCCACAGGAACUCAAGUUCACUUUCGAGUUUUUACAGAAAGUGUUGAUGAACUUGGAUGGCAACAAGCUGUCACCAAAGGUCCAAAGCCUGAAAAUCAAGAUGCUUCAGUGA